CCAGGCGGCAAUUACGCUUUGGGGAUAAAACGCGGCGUGGAGAGCAGGCUGGGGCAUUUCUCCGGGAGAUGGCGGCUGUGACGGCAGUGGCGGCCCCACGGCCCGGACUCCUGCUGCUCCUGCUGUCCCUGCUGCACCCCUCGCAGCCUGGAGGGGUCCCGGGGGCUGUGCCUGGUGGAGUUCCAGGAGGAGUUCCGGGAGGAGUUCCCGGAGGGGGGUUUUUUCCAGGAGCUGGUCUCGGAGGCCUGGGAGGAGGAGCGCUGGGGCCUGGAGGCAAACCACCCAAGCCAGGUGCUGCAAUUCCUGGGGCCUUUGGGGCAGGCCCUGGAGGAUUGGCGGGGGUCGGUCCCGGCGCAGGGCUUGGUGCCUUCCCUGGAGGUGCCUUUCCGGGAGCCCUGGUGCCUGGUGGACCAGCAGGUGCUGCCGCAGCUUAUAAAGCUGCCAAGGCCGGUGCUGGGCUGGGCGGUAUUGGAGGACUUGGUGGCGUGGCUGGUGUUGGUGGCUUGGGAGUGUCCACAGGUGCUGUGGUGCCUCAGCCAGGGGCGGGGGUCGGAGUUGGAGUUGGAGCUGGAGCGAAACCGGGGAAAGUGCCGGGUGUGGGGCUCCCAGGUGUGUACCCAGGAGGAGUGCUUCCAGGCACAGGAGCUCGCUUUCCUGGAGUUGGGGUGCUCCCUGGAGUUCCCACUGGCACAGGAGUGAAGCCCAAGGCCCCAGGUGCUGGAGGAGCUUUUGCUGGAAUCCCAGGGGUCGGGCCCUUUGGGGGCCAGCAGCCUGGAGUCCCUCUGGGGUACCCCAUCAAGGCCCCCAAGCUGCCCGGUGGCUACGGACUGCCCUACAGCACUGGGAAACUGCCCUACGGCUAUGGCCCCGGAGGAGUGGCAGGUGCAGGGGCCAAGGCCGGCUACCCGACAGGCACAGGAGUUGGUCCCCAGGCUGCAGCGGCAGCCAAAGCAGCUAAGUAUGGUGCUGCAGGAGCCGGAGUCAUCCCUGGAGUUGGCGUGGGCGGUGUCCCCGGUGUCGGUGUGGGCGGCGUUCCCGGGGCAGUUCCUGGGAUCGGAGGCAUCGCAGGGGCCGGAGCUCCCGCUGCUGCUGCUGCCGCUGCAGCCGCAAAGGCAGCCAAGUAUGGGGCUGCUGGAGGCUUAGUGCCUGGUGGACCAGGAGCUGCAGUCCCAGGUGCCGGGAUUCCAGGGGCUGGGAUCCCAGGUAUUGGGGUCCCAGGCAUUGCAGGUGUACCAGGGGCUGUGUCACCAGCUGCAGCUGCUAAAGCAGCCGCCAAGGCGGCCAAGUACGGAGCUAGAGCCGGAGUAGGCGUGGGAGGCAUUCCCACCUACGGGGUGGGUGCUGGGGGCUUUCCUGGCUACGGCGUCGCACCGGGAGUUGGUGGAGUCCCUGGAGCUGGCAUUUCCCCAGCAGCCCAGGCAGCAGCUGCAGCCAAAGCUGCCAAGUAUGGUGCUGCAGGAGCCGGAGCCCUGGGAGGGCUGGUGCCAGGCGCAGCAGGUGCAGUACCAGGGGUGCCAGGCGUUGGAGGCCUUCCAGGUGCUGGGACCCCGGCAGCUGCCGCUGCUGCCAAAGCAGCCGCCAAAGCUGCUCAGUUUGGGUUAGGCCCUGGUGUCGGCGGGGUUCCCGGCGUCGGUGGGGUUCCCGGCGUUGGCGGGAUUCCCGGCGUCGGCCCUGGGAUCGGUGGAGUUCCUGGCGUUGUCCCCGGCGGCAUCGGCCCUGGGGUGGCAGGAGUCCCUGGAGUGGGGACCCCAGCUGCGGCCAAGUCUGCUGCGAAGGCAGCCGCCAAGGCUCAGUACCGGGCCGCUGCCGGGCUUGGUGCUGGCGUUCCUGGGCUUGGAGUUGGUGCUGGUGUGCCUGGGCUUGGAGUUGGUGCUGGUGUGCCUGGGCUUGGAGUUGGUGCUGGUGUGCCUGGCUUCGGAGCAGGUGCAGUGCCUGGAUCCCUGGCUGCAGCUAAGGCAGCGAAAUACGGAGCGGGAGGCGUGCCUGGAGCUCUCGGUGUGCCCGGGGGUCUCGGCGUGCCCGGGGGGCUGGGCGGAGCAGGUGUCCCAGGUGCGGUAGAUGCUGGACCUGCUGCAGCCGCUGCCGCAGCUAAAGCGGCAGCCAAAGCCUCCCAGUUUGGCCUAGGGGGACCUGGAGGGCUCGGAGCUGCUGGGCUCGGGGCCGGUGGAGCCAUCCCAGGAGCCGGGGCCUUUGGAGGUGAGGCUGCUCCCGGAGCAGUGAGUGUGUCCCCAGCUGCAGCUGCUAAGGCGGCCAAAUACGGUGCUGCUGGCCUUGGAGGCGUCCUUGGAGUCACCAGGCCAUUCCCAGGAGGAGUCGCAGCGCGCCCUGGCUUCGGACUGUCUCCCAUUUUUCCAGGUGGCGGUGCCGGGGGCCUGGGAGUCGGUGGCAAACCCCCCAAGCCUUACGGAGGGGCCCUAGGAGCACUUGGAUAUCAAGGUGGGGCUUGCCUGGGGAAAUCUUGUGGCCGGAAGAGGAAGUGAGCCUCCCGGGACCCCUGACUUGCGACCUCAUCAACGUUGGUGCUACUGCUUGGUGGAGAAUGUAAACCCUUUGUGACCCCUUCCCCAAACCCCCUCCUCAUCCCCAACCCCGGGAGGGGCCGGGCAGGGCCGGCUGGGCGGCCUUGGGAACCCACAGGGCAUGGGAACGGAGCGUGGAAGCUCCCCCCCACCGCCUACUUCAGAGGCCAGGGGCGGGCAGGUGGGUGGGCUCAGCCCCCCGGCCCUAGCCCCUUCCCACCCAGGAGCUCCCUCUCCACACAGUGUCCAUCUCCAGGGGAACAUGGUGCUAUGUAUGCGCUGGUGCUUUCAUCAUUUUGGGGGGGAGGGAGGAGGGAAGGGCAGCCCCCCGAGGGGGGACCCCAACGCUGGGGCUCCUCUGAAGAUGGUGCCGACACUCCCUGGGCAGCCCCGCCUCCCCCUGCCCACCAGGGUCCACCCUGGCUGUGGUCCAGUUGGUUCCCAUUCACCUUAAGCCUCAAAGCUGGAUUCGGCCAUGCCAUCCCUGUCUCCCCCCACCCACCACUCCCCACCACACCACCAAUGGCUGAUCCCACAUCCGGGUCACCUUUGGGUUAGAAGAGCUGGGGAACAGCUCCCUUGCUCUCGUGGAACCAUCCAUCCGUCCAUCCAUCCGUCCAUCGGUCUGUCCAUCCGUCCUUGUCCCCAGUUGGGUGCCCAUUGCCACUAGCUGGCUGGGCACACCCACCCCCAACCUGGCUACCCCAUCAAGGCAGCCCAGAGUGCGCGGGGCGGUGCGCCUGGGGCGGCUGGAGUCUCCCCCGACCUGGGUCUCCCACACGCAGUACUGUAUGCCCGGUCCCUCGCUCGAGCCACUGUACUCCCAGCAUGCCCUGCCCCCGCCCCACCUGUCUCUUUGUGUCUCGCUGUGAUAGAACAAUAAAUAUUUUAUUUUUUGUCCUGGAUAUUUGGGGAUGAUGUUUGAUUGUCAAAGUCCUCUUUGGGUUUUAUUUUUGUAGUUCAUUGCAAUUUUUUUUUUUUUUUAAAUCUGGGGAACUAUAUUCCUAGGAGAAAAAAACUCAUUUUAAUCACUGUGGUAUAACUCUGGAAGAAACAUACUCUUUUUUUUUUCUAAAUAAGAAGAGAAUUAACUGCUUCGGAAAAGCUAAUAAAGGAAAACCUUUGA